CAUUAUUUUUCUCCUUGCUCUUGCUCUUGCUGAGACCCUAGUACCUCAUCUCUAACCCAAAAUUAUGUGUCUUUGAGGCAGAAAUCUGCACCCAAGAAGAGGGGGAAUGGCAGAUCUGAUCUGGUAGGGGUACCUUUCUCUAAAGUUUCCAUUUUAAGUCAUACAGACUCAUAAUUUUCCUCCUCUCUCUUCUGUUCCCUUGGUUCCUGAGCCUCAGAGCUAUCUGGUGCCUCAGACUGUUCCCUGCUUUUAUCCCUCUUGCGCAGGUGCUUUCACUCCCUUUUCAGAAGGCAGGCAUCCUACCUCCAGUUGCUCCAUCCUUUGCUUUCCCUUGCUUUCCUCCAUCUAGCCAAACUGGUUUGAAUCAGCCACACCCCCUUCCGAGUUUCUGGGGCUCCUCAGAUGGUGGCUGGCCACCCAACCCCACCCCUGGGCUUGGCUUGGAGCCCUGAGUCAGCUCCCUCUCCACCCAAGCCAAAUCAAACCUGAGGCAGGAGCCGAAACUCUCAGUCCCUCGAGGCCUUAUUGCCAGGUAAGAGUCCCUGUAUGUUUUUGUAUUUUCUCUCCUCUCAAUUCCCUGGACCCUCUCCUUGAGUUUUCCCCAUGAUGGCGCUAUCUGUUUACCUCAUCUGAGUUCUUUCCUCAUGUCCAUUUUCCUGCAGAUUUGUGGCAUAUAUGGUUUUUUGUUAAUUUGCUUAUCUUGCCUCUUUUCUUUCCCCUCUCCUAUCCUUUGUUAUUUGUGGUCAGAGAACUGCAAAUGGUUUCAUUUUGUCUAAGGCAUAGGGAAAUGGUUGGAGGUGAAGGUUAGAAAGACGGUUUGAUGCCAAAGCUCCAAGGGCUUGAGAAAUAGGGAGCUGAGAAAUUACAAGGUCAGGCAUCAUUAUGCAGGUUUCUGUGGGUUAUGAAGUCAUUGGGACUCAAGGUGCUAAUCUGAUUGUGUUGUAUGAUCUGGGUUAAAAUAGGAGGUGGAAGAGAGUACAGCAAGAGAGGCCCUGAUUUAGGGAGGUGAGGUCUUUCUGAUGUUCAGUUUCCCCAGCUAUAUAGAGCUUAGAUGGGUAGUUUUCCCCUUCCUUUCCCCCAUCCCCAGAACUGUUUUCAUAUGCAAUGGCUGCCUUGUUUGAAGUGGGGUGUAGGGCCUAGGGUGCCUUUCUCUGAUCGCUCCAUACUCGAGGGCAGCCUCUAAGGAACUUUAAGGAAUUUUAGGGCCUUUUGAAGUACAGAUUAAAGUCACUCACUUGAGUAGUCACAGAUUCCUAUCAGGUUUUGAGAAACACUCUACUGCUUCUCAGUGUGCACUCGUCAUUUUGCUUUUCCCCUCUUGUCAAAACAGUAAGUAGUACAUGUAGACGAUGCUAUGUCCAUACCAACCUGCCUUCAGAGACUUGGAACUGGGAGUUCUCCUGUGGCUCUGUGGGUUAAGGAUCGGCAUUGUCACUGCAGCAGCUCGAGUCGCUCCAUCUAGCCAAACUGGGAACUUCCACGUGCAGGGAGCACUGCCAAAAAAAAGAAAGAAAAGAAAGACUCAGAACCUUAGGCUGAGGAGAAAGAAUUCCAGCCACACAUUUCCUCUCUUGGUCUGAGUCACUAGGGAAUUCCCCAGUAAGGCGGCAUUCCUGAGAGUUGGGCUAGACCACGGGGACAUGAUCAGAGAGAGGGAUAGAGUCUGAGCAAGACAGGCCAAGGGUUCAGUUGCUGGACUUACACGUGUCUCGACUAUCGCCCACAGGUGAUGGAGGACGAGGAGAAAGCAGUGGAGAUCUUGGUGACCAACACGGAAGCUGCUCAUUCUCCAUUCCCCAUUCGCUGCUGUUGGUUCCGUCUCCGCUGCUUGGCAGCUACUAGCGUUAUAUGUGGCUGCUCUUGCCUGGGAGUUGUGGCCCUUGUGUUUGCCAUCAAGGCAGAAGAGCGGCAUAAGACAGGCCGGUUGGAGGAGGCAGUGCACUGGGGGGCCCGGGCCCGGAGGUACAUCCUGGCCAGCUUUGCUGUCUGGCUUGCAGUCCUCGUUCUGGGCCCCCUGCUUCUAUGGCUGCUCUCCUACGUCAUCGCCCAGGCUGAGUGACCCUGGGUGGCCUCUGCUGAGAGUCAGCUGAGACCUCCUGGUUCCUGCAGUGCUAGGGUCUGGUGCCAGCAGUGGUACUUCCUGACUGGAAGGAUGGUGCUUCUCUCAAAGGUCUUUGGAAGAGCUCUUAAGUCCUUUACAAAUGGCAGCAGCUGAGACCGAUGAGGGGAGGUCAACCUGCUCUGUUCUUUCAGUGCCCACCGUCCCCUAUUCCCCCCAACCUACUCCUUUCCUAGAGGCCUCUAGGUGGUGUGGUUGAAGACCAGGCCUGAUUUUAUUAGUAUUUGUUUUAUAAUAAAAAUCUUUUUUAGUGGCAAAA